AAUUGCGAAUCUGCCAUGGGAAAGGACAGAGGAGGAGGAGGUGGAAAACAAAAGCUCCGACCUCCCAACGGUCCUGACUCACCUGCACUUCCUUACUCCUCUUCCCAGCCAGAGAGGGUUGAACCCACCGCCUCCACAAGCCACUCCAAACCCCCAAAUUUUAUCCCAAACCCAAAGAAGCCCAGAAAUCCCAAUUGGGUUUCACGGAAUCGGCGUGGCCCGCUGGUCAAACAGCAGUUUGUGAAGAAAUCUGAGGUGGGCUCUUCCAACGAUCAAGUGGGGUCUGGGCGUAUUGUCGAGACAGCAACUGGGCAACAAGAAGAACAUGAAGAAAAGGAAGAAGAAGAAGAAAAAGAGAGAAUCGCUAUUGGUGUUGGUGUUGCGGGGGAAGACGUUGGGGCGUCGGAGUCCAGAAAAUCUCAUGAGGAUGAUGAUUAUGAUGUGGUGAGUAGAUUGGAAGAGUUGCAGCUGGGUGUCCAAGAGCCCGAGUUGUCGGACGAGCAGCUAAGGAUCAAUGAUCAGGCUCAGGCGGAUGAGUUGCUCGCUAUGGAGUCCAUUUAUGGAGACCAUUUUUGCAUUUUUGAAAGACAAAGAGACCUUCGAUCAUUUCAGAUUCAUAUACACAUCGAAGCUCCUGGUGAAAUUGCUGUUACUACAAAGUUGAAUUCAUCGGAUCAUAAGACCAGAAGCAACAGUUCUGAUGACUUCUCAUAUCCUUUCAAUGUCCAGCAUCUUCCACCAAUUAUAUUGACGUGUAUAUUACCUAAAUCAUACCCAAGUCACCUACCACCUUAUUUUUCAAUAUCUGUUCAGUGGCUGGAUUCUAGUAAAAUCUCCAAUUUGUGUUCUAUGCUGGAUUCAAUAUGGACAGAACAAUCUGGACAGGAGGUUAUGUACCAAUGGGUGGAAUGGCUUCAAAAUUCUUCUCUCUCUUAUCUGGGGUUUGAUAAAGAAAUAAUUCUUGGUCCUUAUGGUGUAAGGGCUGCUGUAGAUAGACGUGCAGUUACAGGAAGUGUCUCUCCAGAUGUUGAUAUUCCGUUUAUUAAAAGUUACAACGAUGAUAAACUACUUGAGAACUUUCACGAUAAUUUGCACGAGUGCUGCAUCUGUUUCAGUGAGUAUGCAGGCACUGAGUUUAUCAGGCUACCAUGCCGGCAUUUCUUCUGUGGGGGAUGCAUGAAGACUUAUUCUAACAUACAUGUCAAGGAAGGCACCGUACACAAACUGCAGUGUCCAGAUGCAAAAUGUGGGAGUAUGAUCCCACCAGGUUUGUUAAAACGAUUGCUUGGUGAUGAAGAGUUUGAACGAUGGGAUUCCUUAAUGUUGACUAAAACACUAGAGUCAAUGUCGGAUGUCGUGUACUGCUCAAGAUGUGAAACUCCCUGCAUAGCGGAUGAAGACCAGCAUGCCCAAUGCGUAAAGUGCUUCUUUAGCUUUUGCACACUUUGCAGGGAGCGGCGGCAUGUGGGUGUUGAAUGUAUGACACCAGAGCUUAAGCUUCGUAUCUUGCAGGAACGUCAGAGUUCAUCUCACUUGAAGGAUGAUCAAAAACGCAAAGAACUUGAGAUGAUCAAUGAGGUUCUCAGUGUGAGGGAAAUUCUUCGCGAUGCAAAGCAAUGCCCAUCGUGUAAGAUGGCAAUAUCCAAAACUGGGGGCUGCAACAAGAUGGUGUGUGAAAACUGUGGGCACUACUUCUGCUACCGCUGUGAUAAGGAAAUUGACGGAUAUGAUCAUUUCAGAGAUGGUGAAUGUGAACUAUUCCCGCAAGAAGAAAUUCGGAACUGGGAAGCACAGAUGAAUCCACGGCAGGUUUUGGGUCAGAUUCAAGCUCAACUCUUUGUUCAGAAUGGUCAGGUGUGCCCUAAUUGUCGUCAGUUUAAUGCCAAGAUUGGCAAUAACAAUCACAUGUUCUGCUGGGCGUGUCAAAACCACUAUUGCUAUUUGUGCAAGAAGAUGGUGAGGCGAGGCUCUCAUCAUUACGGACCUAAAGGUUGCAAACAACACACUGAAGGAUAGUUACGAACACAAACACAAUUACAUCGAUCUAUUCAAAGGAGUGAAUGAAAACAUUGUGGACGGACUCAGAUCACAUGUAAGUGAACGUUGUGGAGAUUACAUAUGAUCGGAACUUGAACAGCCAAGUGAAAAUAAAUGUUGUGGAGAUUACUAUGAUCGGAACUUGAACAGCCAAGUGAAAAUAAAUGUUCUUUUCUAUUCGCGGCAGUCAAUGGCAUCUUACCAGACUGCGUUUUCCUGUUUCAGGGAAAUUAACAGCCUCUGUUCAUUUUUCUGCACAAAUUAUUACGCUUCGUUUUGGCAAGGAUAUUCAAUGUUGCAUAGUUUCUUUUUCUA